GCUGAAACAACUCUAUUUAUUUCAUCCGAAUUCACGUACUUCUACUUCUGUCGUCCUUUCAUCCGAGCACUCCCUUUCUCAUGUCUGCCAAGGGAGACAAACUAGGUAAAGGGAGGCCAUGAAUGGCAGCUGCAGAGAGGAAAAGAAAACGAAAGCAGAGCGGCAGCGUCGGCCCAGCACCCAACCACCACCACCAUCUCCUCCUCCCCCACUCCCUGUCCGCCUCUACCGCUCGCGAAAUACUUCCCCCUCCCUGUCAGUCUCUACCCAGUCGCCGAGUCGCGUAUGGUUUGGUCUCACUGAUGUGUACUCCGUAGCAUCAAUUCCUCGGAGGCCGGCUCAUGGCUCACGCUGGCAGCAUCUCGUGAUCUGUGUCCCCCUUCUCCGCUCAACAUUUCCCAGCUCCUGGAAAGCUCAGCUGCGUAGAUACGAGCACAGGCACCUAAUCCGUAGCUACCUCUCUUGCUUCCAUCAUAUCAUAUGGGCACAAUUAUUUGGAUUUUGGAGCAGAAACUCACGAUAAUGCCGUUCUCCAGUGAGCUGCUAGAGCCUGGCAGUCUCAGGAGGGAUUGUCUCAAUAUUUGAGAUAGAGGUAGCUGAGAUUUAUAAGCACUGGGGCUCUGUUUCUUUAUCCUUUCCUUCCCUUUCAGCCCACCGGCCGGGGUUGGUUGUUGUCACCGUGUGCUUCCGUCGUCUCCCAUGGCGGCAGUGGCGUCUUCUCCUCCUGCGACAAUUGCUGGGCCGCAGCCGACGUGGUUGCCCUAUGAGCCAACCAGGGACUGCUCCCAGGGCCUGUGCAGCAUGUACUGCCCGCAGUGGUGCUACUUCGUCUUCCCGCCCCCGCCCCCGGCCUUCGACAUCGCCGGCCCCGGCGGCGGCGGCGGCGACGACGACUCCUCCGGCCCCACCUUCUCGCCCCUCGUCAUCGCCAUCAUCGGCCUGCUCGCCAGCGCCUUCCUCCUCGUCAGCUACUACACCGUCAUCUCCAAGUACUGUGGCACCUUCAGCUCCCUGCGGAACAUGGUCUUCGGUUCCCGCAGGGGCCGCGGCCGCGGCCGUGGCGGCGGCGGCGGCGGCGGCGGCGGCGGCGAUUCAGGGGCUCAGGUGCCGUGGGGCGCCAUGCCGCCGGACGGGCUGGACGAGACCCUGAUCAACAAGAUCACGAUCUGCAAGUACAAGCGCGGCGACGGGUUCGUGGACAGCACCGACUGCUCCGUCUGCCUCGGCGAGUUCCGAGACGGCGAGAGCCUCCGGCUGCUGCCCAAGUGCAGCCACGCGUUCCACCUGCCGUGCAUCGACACGUGGCUCAAGUCGCACUCCAGCUGCCCGCUCUGCCGCUGCAACAUCGCCUUCGUCACCGUCGGCGUCGGGGCGGUGUCGCCGGAGCCGGAGCCGGAGCGCCGCGCCCCGCGGGAGGACCGCGACUGGAGGAGAGACAACCCCGAGCUGGUCCUGACGGUGGGCGGCCCCUCCUCGGACCCAGUGCGUGGCGCACCGCAGAGCCAGAGCCAGAAUGCGGUCAGCGGCAGCGGCGGUGACGACGGCCAGGAUGCACUGGCGCGGAAGGAUUGCCCGGAGAGAUCGGAGGAGGGCAGCGGCAAUGCGGAGAUAAAGGAAGACUGCGCGCUGCCGGCGGUGAGGGCGGCGUCGUCGCUGUCCGACACGCACCGCGAGGGCCGCAUGUCCAUCGCCGACGUGCUGCAGGCGAGCCUGGAGGACGAGCUGACGAUGGCCCGGGAGAGCGGCCUCCUGGCGGGUUCGUCGGGACGGUGCCCGUGCCACGGGGAGCACAGCAAGGACGGCGGCCGCAGCGGCCGUGCAAUGCCGGACGCGGCGAGCAAGCGGUUGCCGGCCGUUGGAAGAUCGUGCUUCAGCAGCAGGAGCGGCAGGGGAAAGGAUUCGAUUCUUCCAAUGUGAGGCAAUUGAUCCUCGGUGGUUCUUCGUCUGAUUACAUGGAUACUUUUUUUGUGUGUGUGCUUCCGGUGAAGACCAAGGUGCCAGUACCAAAAUCUACAGAUCUCAUCCCGUUUCCAUCGGUUGAUGUGAAUUGUGGGUAGCACAGGAGGCUGCAGAAACCCAUCCUCAGCAACUGCCACUGCUCGGUGUUUCUACUUGGAUGAAGUUGUAUAGGGCUUGAAACACUCUUUUUUUUAACCUCUUUCUUCCAUUUGCCACUCAUUUUCCCACACGGUUGGGUUCCAGUUCAGAGAAUUCUCCCAGCAUUAGUGAGCCAAGUCUUAUACAAUAGGGUUUUUUUUUCCCUCCGGCUGAGAAGUGAGUCAGUCUCAGCACUUGCUUCUACUAGCUGUCAACUUAGAACAAUCAUCUGCUGAUGUGUGCGUUUUAACUUGAGAAAGGGUAGUGUGACCAAUCCAGCACGAUUGUGUGCUUCCUGUCCGUCCGAAUUAUAGUAUGGUCUGGUUACCCUCU